AUGCGUUGGGAAAUAGUAUUCCACCUAUUGGCAAAAUUUAACGGAAAGCGAUUAAAGCCGGAAUGGGAAGAAAACCUACCACCAGGUGCCCUAGUUAAAAGGGCCAAGAAGGGUAGCACGACCAAUGAUCUUUUUAUGGAUUUUCUAAGGCAUCUAUAUCCUUACAAGGGUCCAAACACUAUCUUGCUAGUUUUGAAUGGAACUGCUAGUCACCUGGACACUUCCAUAACCGAGGUUGUAGACGAGUUGAAUAUAAGGCUGUUCUGCUUGCCAUCUAACAUCACGCAUGAACUGCAGCCUUUAGAUAAAGCGGUUUAUAGGGCCUUUGAACAUCACUGGGACCAAGAAUUUGGCCCGGAGAACAUCUUAAGUGGAUUUCAAACGACAAUUCGACGAAUUCCUGAAUCAGCUUUUGCCCCAUCACUAGCAACUGAAUGUCCUUUCGCCGAGGAAUAUGAUGGAAACAACGCCAAUGCUAAUAAUGUUAACAACGAUACUCAGUCCAAUAAUUGUAACGAUAAUAUUAUUGAUAUUAAUAUGCAAUCCAGCGAUAAUUCAGACCACUCUGAAGAUGACAUUUCACUUAGUAUGUUAAAAAAUAUCCAAGAAAAAGUCUCUAAUAAAAUCCAAAACGAUGAAAGAUAUGAAACACCUGUCAAGACUGAUAAUACGAUCUCAGAUAAGACACAGACACAAGAAGAAAGUGAAGAUCUUAAUUAG